CAAGAAGUCCUCUCCAGCUCAGACUGGAGGACAGGAGCUACCGAAGAAAAAGAGAAACCUGCUUGAGGUUGACCACACAGCAGCAAGACGAGGGAGGAAGAAAAGACGGAAGGAUGAUGGUUCUACUACUAAAUCAACUUCAACCUCCUCAUCCCGAUCCCCGACUACUACUACAACAGGCAAAGGAACAAGCGUUGACCACUUGCGGUCACCGGCGUCCUCUUCAAGAAGUACUUCUACUUCUCAGAGAUCAUCACCCACAUCUACCUGCGACCAGAGAACAAGUGGCCGUGAGACUACUAGAAAGACAAAAC